UUAAAAAUUUUGUAAAAUAUAAUUUGAUACAUUUAUUUUAUUGUAAAUAAUAUUAUUAAAAUGAAGGUGAAGAGGUUUUUUCGUCGAUUGGCAACAUUAUUUAAGUGCUGUGUUUCGGAGAACAAAAAGCAAAAUACAAGUGGUGAUGUACAACUAUAUGUUAAAAACAUAGAAUGUAGCACAACACAAAUGAAUGAUAUCGAUGUAGAAAAUGGAGUGUCAGUAGGUAGUGUGUCAAUUGUAAAACAAGAAAAUGGUGACGAUAUGAUUGUUGUGGAAAAUAUUAAUUUAUCUGAAGAUACAAAUGACAUUUGCAUUUCCAAUACUUUAACUGAGGAGGAUCCCUCAAAUAAUAGUGCCCCAGAGCUCAAAAUUGAUUGUAUAGAAGAUUUGUUGGCAGUUAAGCAAGAGAAUGGUGAAGAUAUGAUUACUGAGGAAAAUAUGAAUUUACACGAUGAUGUGAAUGACCUUUGCAUUUCCUAUAUUUUUACUGAACAGGAUCACUCAAAUAAUAGUACCCCAGAGCUCAAAAUUGAUUGUAUAGAAGAUUUGUUGGCAGUUAAGCAAGAGAAUGGUGAAGAUAUGAUUACUGAGGAAAAUAUGUAUUUACCUGAAGAUAUGAAUGACCUUUGCAUUUCUUAUAUUUUUUCUGAAGAGGAUCACCCAAAUAAUGAUUCGCCAGAACUGGAAGUAACACCUAUUGAUGAAGAAGUGUCCAUGGAAACGCGUAAACACGAAGAAGGUGUUAUACGCUAUUUUGGAAUGAAUAAUGAAGCCGGUAGAAUAAUUUCAAAAAAUGGAAAAUGUUAUAAAUUCUAUAAGAAAGAUAUUGUUGGUACUUAUAAAUAUUAUAAAUCUCCACAAAAAGCAAAGUUUGUGGUCAAUGAUUCACAGCCGAAUUGGGCCAUAGAUGUUGAAAUAGUUGGAGAUAUUUAUGGCCAACGAUGCUAUUAUUGCUUAACGCAUGGUCAUUAUACAGAGGAAUGCAUGCAAUUAGAUAUUGACUCAUUAAAUUUUUACUAUCCUUACAUUUAAGGUACUAGAACAAUCUAUUUCAUUAAUCUAUUUAUUCAUUUAUUAUUCAAAUUUAAUAUUGCACAUAUUUUAAUGUGUUAAGUAAAAAAUCCUACUAUACAUUAUAAUAUAUCUAAGUCCUUAAAUUUAUUGUUAAAAAUGAAGAUUUAAAAAUAUUGUGAAUCAUUUUUUAAGUAAUUGUUAAUCAAUAAACAAUAUAUUGUCAUAAAAUAAAAAUUCUUUUGAUUAAUUUG